AUGGUGAUGCCCACACUCCAUAGAGAAGAAGAAGAGACAAGAUCAGCACAUCAUGUCACACGCUCCACCACUCGGCCGCCUCCGUCAUGCUGCCGCUAUUUAACCUUCUUCUCCGGUCCCAACUCCCAAGUCACCGUGGUCGUGCUCAGGUAUUUCCUUUUUCUUUGCCGGUCCACAGUAGUUUCCCCUGCUCCUCCUCGUACUGUCGAGAAACAGGGCGAGCGUUCUCGCCGGCGACGAGGCCGCAUGGCCCAGCAGCGCAAGUUCCGGCUGUCUGACAUGCUACCCAACGUCUGGUUCUACAAGCUCCGCGACAUGGGCGGGCAGGGACGCGGCGGCCUUCGUCGGUCGGCGUCGGCCCGGUGCUACAGGGAGGUCCCCCAGCAGCCGUCGUGGAAUCGGGGGUCGUCCGAGCGCUGGAACAGGGAGGUCGACGUCCAGCAGCCGCGGCUGUCUCUGUCGAGCAGGGAGGUCGACAACCAGAAGGAGGAGCCGGUCACGCCGACGAAGGGGUCCCCCCUUUGCCCGCUCCCCCGGCGGGCGUCCUACUACUACAGCACUAGAGACAGGGAGGUCCCGCUUACGCCGAGGCCCAAGGACGCGCAGUCGCCGACGAAGAGCUCCAGGAGGCGGAACAGGGCGGGGCACUCGCCUGAAGGCGGAACACAGGUGUCAGCGCCGGUACCCGUCCAUGGGAAGGAGCCCGCGCUCGACACUCCUGGUAGCUCCUGUCGCCGUCGUGACAUGUCAAUCAAGAAUGACGGCGGCGAGCCCUGGAGGCCGACGGUUACUGCCCCGCCGGAUGGUGGCCUCGACGUCAAGGUGAUCACCUCAGAGAGUGAAAUCAUCAUCGACCUGCCGAAUGUGGACACGCCGGGGAGAAGGCUCCGGCCAAUCCUGACCAGGCCGGCGAGAAGACAGCCUCAGCCGCACGAGCCGGAUGGCAGCCACGUCGACCUCGCCGACGUGACCGUCCGGGAGCGGGACAAGGACCUGCCGGAUGGCGGCCACGCCGACCUUGCCGACGUGACCGCGAGAACGAGUUCUACCGCGGAGAAGAGCGGCGUCAGCAAGCCGAGUCGGUCUUCCGCGUCGUCGUCGUCCGGGCACUGGUGCCUCAAGACGCGCGUCAAAGGCCCGCGUCUGGCGGCCACCGCCAGGAGAGGGAAGCCGCCGGCGCGGAAUCGGAUGGCGCCCGUGAUCGCGGAGAGCUACCCAGUGGUGAUGGUGACCAGGGACCCGCGGACGGACUUCCGCGAGUCCAUGGAGGAGAUGAUCAGCGCUAAGGGCAUCCGCGACGCCGGCGACCUGGAGGACCUGCUCGCCUGCUACCUCUCGCUCAACGACGCCGAGCACCAUGACCUCAUCAUCGAGGUGUUCGAGCAGAUUUGGAUGAGCCUCGCCAACGCCAAGCCUUGA